CACUGCCACUCGGAUGAAUGCAUUGACGCUUGCCUGGAAAGACAUGUCCUCCAUGGUUGUUCGGAUUUUAUGCCACCGGAUCGGAAACAGCACUUCCAGGGGCUGGUGGACCCAUCUGUCUGGCAGGACUCGACAUCACCUUAUGUCCGUUUAACCCCUACAGUAGUCUCCACGAUAGCAAAAUUUGCACUAGAGGGUCUCGCUAUGUCGGCAAGUCGGUGUCCGAUCUGGGGGUGUUUAGAGACUUCAUUGUCGGUCUUUAUAAGGAGUCAACUGUGUGUCAGAAUUUCCACAGCCACAAGCAAAAAGCCAUGGCAAAUGAUGCAGAGGGAGAGUUCGAGUUGCUCGAGGGGAAGACCACUAAUGGGGAACAGUCAACAUCCCCCAAGGCAGACGACAAGCUCAUGGACCUUGACGAUGGACUUGUGGGUUGGGAGAGUCAGGAUGAUCCGGAAAACCCACAGAACUUUCCCGAUAAUCGCAAAUGGCUCAUUCUAGGGCUCGUGAGUGGGAUUACCUUUUUGAGCCCAUUCACCUCAUCCAUGCCCGCACCCGGAAUGUCCUUUAUCGAUGAAGAAUUCGGCACCACUUCCGAGAUUCUCACUUCAUUUGCAGUCAGCGUGUUUGUGCUGGGCUUUGCGGUCGGUCCCCUUGUUUUGUCUCCCCUGAGUGAGAUCUACGGCCGUCAGCCCAUCCUCAAUGCAGCCAAUACCUUCUUCACCGUGUGGCAAAUCGGAUGCGCGCUGGCCCCGAACAUGGCCUCAUUGAUCAUCUUUCGUUUCCUGGCCGGCGUCGGGGGUUCAGCAUGUCUGACCAUCGGUGGAGGCGUCAUAUCCGACCUUUUCCCUCUGGCACUGCGUGGCAAAGCCAACGCUGUUUUCUCAGCAGGGCCACUCUUUGGCCCCAUCCUCGGGCCCAUCAUCGGCGGCUUCAUCGCCGAACGCGCUGGCUGGAGAUGGACCUUUUGGGUAUUGCUCAUCGCGUGCGCUGUGAUGACGGCCGCCAACAUCCUCCUGAACCGCGAGUCCAACGCCACGGUGAUCAUCCAACGCAAGACCGAGCGUCUGCAAAAGGAGCUCAACCGGCCCGAUCUACGCAACAUCUAUCAUGCCAACCAGCCUACAAGACCCAGCACAUCUGCCACACUCACACGGGGAGUCACCCGACCCUUUCGAAUCCUCUUCCGGUCUCCCAUCCUACUCCUCCUCACCCUCUACAUGUCCUUCAUCUUCGGCCUCCUCUACCUCCUCCUCACCACCAUCACCUCCCUAUUCACCGGAACCUACCACUGGCCCGCCGAACUAGCCGGUCUCUCCUACCUCGGCAUCGGCCUAGGCUUUGCCCUAGGUCUCGUUGCCGUCGGAGCCACCUCCGACAAAACCGUCGUCCGCCUCACCGCAGCCAACCAGGGCGUCUACGAGCCCGAGAUGCGACUAGCCAGCUGUCUGAUGUUCGCUCUAUUCGUCCCCAUCAGCUUCUUCUGGUACGGAUGGGCCGCAGACAAGCACGUGCACUGGAUCGUCCCGAUCAUCGGCCUCAUGCCCUUUGGCUUCGGCAUGAUGGGCAUUUUCGCUCCCAUCCAGACAUAUUUCAUUGACGCAUGUGGCCCAUACGCCGCGUCUGCUAUUGCCGGUUUGACGGCUAUCCGCUGCCUGUUUGGUGCCUUUCUUCCGCUUGCUGGUCCCAGCAUGUAUUCUGCUCUGGGGCUGGGAUGGGGGAAUUCUCUCCUCGGGUUCAUUGCCUUGGCGUUGACUCCUGCGCCGGCUUUGAUUUAUAAGUAUGGCGCAGCGUUUCGGAGGAAGUAUGCUACUCGGUUGGAUUGAACUCUUCCUACUCGCUCUUGUAGCUAUCUUCUUUUGACUUUGGUUCCCUGUUUUUCU